AUGUUCAUGUGCAGCGGUGCUACACCACAGUGUCACAAGAGCCCUACACUCAGUGACGUGAAGCCCUCAGUCUCCAACGAGGCCCUCAGACUCCGUCGAAGCCUCCGGGCCACUGACAAGGCCCCCUCAGACCCCGUCGAAGCCUCCGGACCACCGACAAGGCCCCCUCAGACCCCAUCGAAGCCUCCGGACCACCGACAAGGCCCCCUCAGACCCCGUCGAAGCCUCCGGACCACCGACAAGGCCCCCUCAGACCCCGUCGAAGCCUCUGGAUCACUGACAAGGCCCACUCAGACCCCGUCGAAGCCUCCGGACCACCGACAAGGCCCCCUCAGACCCCGUCGAAGCCUCCGGGCCACCGACAAGGGUCCCUCAGACCCCGUCGAAGCCUCCGGGCCACCGACAAGGCCACCUCAGACCCCGUCGAAGCCUCCGGACCAUCGACAAAGACCCUUCAGACCCCGUCGAAGCCUCUGGAUCACCGACAAGGCCCCCUCAGACCCCGUCGAAGCCUCCGGACCACCGACAAGGCCCCCUCCAGACCCCGUCGAAGCCCUCAGACCCUGA